AUGUUUAAGAACUUAUUCAGUGGAGCCCGGCCAAAGAAGCCGGGCGGGUCCGCGAGCACCCGCGCGAGCCGCGAGAGCCUCGAGACCGACCUGAAUGAGGAGCCGGCGGUCAAGGUGUCCGCCAAGCGCUCGUCCAAGGACAAGUCCCCAAAGGCGAAGCCCCAGAAGGAGAAGCCCCAAAAGGAGAAGUCUCCCAAGGAGAAGAAGCGGUCCGGCACCGGGACUUCGCCCUUUGGGUCGGGACUUCUGAAUAGGCGCGGCAGCAAGGAGAGGCGGCGCGCGGAGGCCGAGCAAGAGCGCCGCCUGCAGGAGGAUCUCCAGGAGAGGGACCGCAUCCUGAGGGAGAGCCAGGAGGGCAGGGCUGGCGAGGACGGCCUCUGGGAGAUCCCGCUGCACAGCAGCGCCUCACAGACUGUCCAGCUGAAUGGCCACUCGGGUGAGGACGUGACGGAGGGCCGGCCCCAGAGCAGGUACAGCAGCCGCAGCAGCAGUCCGGCCACCUCCCCCACCGAGAAGGAGCCUCCGAAGAAGGCCAAGGCCAAGAAGAGGGGCAAGGACAAGAAGGGGAAGAGAGAUGCGUCCAGCGCGCAGGUGGAGUUCCAGCCGCCGCCGCCCCCCUCCGUCACGCUGACGGCGGCUUCCAGGAAGAGCAGCAGCUCCAGCAGCUCGCCGCCGCUGUCGCCCAUGGGCCCGCGACAGCCCAGCGUCUCCGAGAUGGUCGAGAAGUUUGAGAAGUCCGCGGGGGAUGACGCCGGCCAGGUCACGACACCGGCGGCCCAGGAGGUCCAGCUGGAGCAGAAGGUGUCGCUGGUGGAGCUCAAGGUGCAGGAGAGCAUGGUGGUGCAGCAGAUGAGGGAGCGACAGCAGCGGGAGAGGAUGCAGGAGUUCGAGCGCUCCACCAGGGCCGAGAGUCUGUAUGCGACUGUUGAGCCUCGCAACAAGAAGAAACCAGAGGCUGUGGCGGAGCUCCCACCAAACGCCAGGGAGGAACUGGAGAAGCAGGCGGAAGACAUAGUACGGCAAGUGCGCGAGGCGCUGGAGGCCGAGCAGAACGCGUUUGAGGAUCGUCUGCAGAAGCGGAAGGAAGAGGAGAGCUACCGGGAGUCCAGGUGGAAACUGGCGAUGGAGACUGUGGAUGAGGAAUGGCGUGCGGCGGCAGAGCGUCUCCGUGCGGAGGAGCAGCGGCUGCGCGGCAGGAGGGAGGCCGACCUGCAGGAGGCGGUGGCGGAGGCGCGCCAGAUGCUGAGGGUGGAGCUGGACGAGGAGAGGCUGCAGGCGCUGGCGGGGGCGCGGCUGGCGCUGCGGCAGCACGCGGAGGCGGCGCUGCGGGAGCAGGCGGAGGACGUGCUGCGGGCCGCCGACCAGAUGGUGUCCGCCGCGGUCGCCGCCGCGCUCAGCAAGCACAAGGCCAAGCUGCUACAAAUAUGCGGAGGCACUGUCAGAGUUGUUGGAGAAUAUGCUCGAUGUGGGCAACUGUUGGUGACCAUCAAAGUAGCUGCCAUACUCAAGUUGCCUGAAGCCCAGAUGGAGCGCCAACAAGAGGAACUUGACUCCAAGCUGAGUAGCGUGAACGCCCUGGACUCCAGGCUCCAGCAGAUGGAGAGCAAGAUGGCAGACAGGGAGAAGCAGCUGGCUUCGCAAGCAGAGGCGCUGGCCGAACUGGAACUACAGCUGGAACAGCGCUCCAGGCAGCUGGAGCAGGCGCUCGUCCGCAAGGAACAACAGCAGGAGUUGGAGUCGAAAGCGGAGCAGGCUAUGAUGCGCCUGGAACGAAUCCUGGAAGAAGAGGAGCGUGCCGCAGAAAGACGAUCCGAACAGGAACAGAUGUGGCGCGUGUCUCUGGAGAAGCUGGAGGCAGAGUCCAAGAAGCGCUUGGAGCGGCUGGAGACGUCGGAGAGACAGCAGCGGGAGCAGUGGCAGAAGUCCCUGGAGAAGAGGGAGGAGGCGACGAGGCAGCUGAGGGAGGCGGUGGAGCAGCAGGAACAGCGACUGGCGGCCGCGAGGGAACAGCUGGCGGCGCAGCUGGGCUCGCUGCAGCAGCUGCAGCCCGCCGCACAGGACGGCGACAAACUCGAGGAGAAGGUGAGGUCACUAAUAAAGGACCACGAAGCUCUCCUCGAGGAGGACUCUGCAGCGAGGAAGAAGUUCCUCAAGGAGGCGGAGGACCAUCUGCAACGCACUUCUGACGAACUGGAACGGAAACUGACGGACGCCCGUAAACGGGACCGGGAACAGAUGACCGCAGACCUGGAGAGGAAGCUGGAGGUCGCUCGCCGUGACCAGGACGGGGCCCAGGAGCAGCUCACGCUGCGCAUCCGAGACUACGAGGCGCUGCUGGCGAGGCGUCGGGACGAGGAGACCAAGAGGAGGCAACAGCUGGACGAGGAGGCCUCGCAGGAGCUGCGGCGCUGGCGCGAGGCCCAGGAAGGGACGGUCCGCCGGCUGGAGGAGGCGCUGGAGCAGAGCCGGGGCAGGCUGGAGGCCCUGGCGGCGGCCGUCGCGGCGCAGGCGGUCUCGGGGUCCAGGAAGCACAGCAGAGGCAGCGGCAGCAGCAGUAGCAGCGACAGCGACAGCGGAUCCGAGCGCCCCAGAGGGAGGUCCGUCCAGAAGCUGAAGGCCGAGGUGUGGGGCCAGGUGCUGGCCGAGCUGGACAGGGUCAAGGAGGACCUGCGGGAGGAGCAGCGGAGGGCCGCCGAGCAGCGGAACGAGACGUCGCGGCUGGUGCUGAAGGAGAUGGAGGCGGCGCUGGUGGCCCGCAUCGAGGGCCGGCUGGGCGAGAUCGAGCAGGCGGCCAGCGCCGAAGGGGGGGACGGCGACGCGUCGCAGGGGGAGGUCCGCCGCCGCGUGGAGGAGCUGGCCGAGGAGCUCAAGGAGAAGACCGCCAACGAGAUCAGCUCCAAGUGGAAGCUGGAGAGGGUGGGGAUCAAGGAAGAACUGGCGGAGGACCUGGAAGUGAAGGUGCGCCGCUACAUGCACGAUAUGGAACAAGCUCUCCAGACCAAGACCCUGGAGGAGGUGUACAGUAAGAUCGAAGAUCUGAGAACGGCUGUAGUAGCGUCUGUCGUUGCCGAAAUGGUGGAGGAGAAAUGGAGUCAUACCGCAAAGCAGCUGGAGAAAGACAUCGUGUCGGCCGUCAUGGAGAAAGUCAAGAAAGAGAGAAAGGAAGAUAUAAGCGAAAUCGAACAAACUGUUGCCAAGGAGGUAGAGGAGAAACUGCGCAAAACUGUAGACGAUGUUGAGGAUAAAGUGGACCGCAGGGUCAGAGAAACACUGUCUACGUCGAGAAAUGACGAAAGAGAGUACACGAAGAGUUUGGUCGUCAGUCUGAUCGAAGAAAGGGGGAAACUGGUUUCUGGAGAAACGGAUGAGAAGCUACUGCAGGGAGUGCUGGUCCACGUGAAAGACUCCAUUAAGGUCGACCAGGACAAAGCCAGGCAGGAACUGAUCGAACAGUGGAACGAGACCGUCAGACGCUCCACAGUCGAGCUGAGGGACAAAAUGGAGAAGGAAGUGUCUGAAGAAGUUAGAAAGCGCUGGAAAGAAGACAGCAACAAGAUCAGGAAGGACUUGGAAGAGGAACUCAAGGAGGAAAUAAAAGAAGAAGUGAAAAAAGUGAAGAAAGACAUUCGGGAAGACGUAACGGAGAAAGCACUCUCAGAAGUUAAGGAGAACGAGGUGAAGAUGAAAGCGAUCAUCACUGCCGAAGUCGGAACAAAGUUGGCCAGCUUGCAGUAUCAGUUAAAGGAAGAGUUUGGUAGUGAAAUAUCCCAGACGACGAAAUCUUUGGUGGAAGAGGAGCUUCUGAAGACCAAACAGCAAGUCAUACAAGACUCUGAGGCGGUGGUUCGCGAGGCGGUGAGCGUGGAGUGCGGCCGCGUGCUGGCGACGCUGUCACGGCACGAGCAGGAGGCGCGCGACCGCCUGGAGCUGGUGUGCCAGGAGCUGAUCAAGGGCCAGCUGGACAGGCUGGGCCGCUGCUGCGACCGCGGGCUGCAGGAGAUCAGGGAGGCGGUGAGUCACCCGCAGCUGCUGUCUGACCCACACCCCGCACCCCGAACCCUGCCCCACCGCUCUGCACAGUGUGGGCCUGUGCACCUGCUGUUCCCUACUCUCACCGACGUCUCCAUUCAGCUGGGCCUUCAGCAGAUAUGA